UGAGACUCUCAGUUCUUGAUAAGUUCUAGGAGUGUCGAAAUCAUAUUUUUAUUUGGUGUGGAUUCAUAGUCAUAGCAAGAUGAAACUAGUGAAUCACUUGAUAGUUCUUAUCAUCCUAAUUGCAUUCUGUGAUAAAACCGUCAGUCAGCAAAAAUACAUUCGUGGAUAUAAUAGCCAAAAUGUAUGGACGAUUCUUAGCAUGAGAUAUUGCACAUUCAAUGUCCUUCAAAAUGAGACAAUUUAUGCACAAGACUUUAUGAUAUUCGCAAAGCGAUCGGAAACGACUGAAGCAAUUUCAUUCGAAGGGAAUAAGAAGAUUGCAUACCUGCCUAUAAAAGUCUAUAAUGUAUUUCCAAAUCUCGUUGCAUAUGAAGUCUUUGAUUGCUCAUUGCGAGCAGUCAAGAGAGAAAAUUUCGAACGACUUGACAAGCUUCAAUUCGUAGGUCUUCAGCAAAAUCAGUUAAGACACAUACCGUACGAUACAUUUAGAGCAUUAAUUCAUCUUCAGCACAUCCAUUUAUAUGGAAAUGAAUUGACAUAUGUCGAGGAACGAACAUUUGAAACGCUUGAAAAUUUAAGAAGCAUCAACAUGAAGGAAAAUUUAAUCGAUUACAUUUAUGAAGGCAUAUUCGAUAAUUUAAUAGAGCUACGAAAUGUAUCGCUUAGCAACAACAACAUUCGGGUAUUGAAUGAAAAUCAUUUUAAGAAUAACAAGAAUAUUGAGUACAUUUGGAUGAGUCGUAAUAAAAUUCAGGAAUUAAGUUCGAAAACGUUUGAUAAUAUGAGGUACUUAAAGUAUAUAGAUUUGCGCGGUAAUCCUUGCAUUUCGGGAUCGUAUCGGGUUAAUAAAUUUAAGGAAAUGGUCAAGAGAAUUGAUAUUGGUUGCAAACCUAGACAUGGAUAGAUUUUUUUUUGAUUUUGUAGUUUAGUUUUGUGCUGUGCGCGGCUUCGGUGUUUUGAAAAUUGAGAUGCGAAAUUUUUUUUGAAAGAAUUUUGUGAAUAAAAAUGCUG